CUAAGCGUAGAAAGGUAGGCAUUUUGUAUUUGUAUUGUAGUGAGAGAGAGAGAGAGAGAGAGAGAGAGAGAGAGAGAGAGAGGGAUUCAUAUAAGGAAACUCUAACCCCGUCUUUACUGCCUGUUCUUGACCUGCAUGUGAGAGAAUGAGAAAGAUAGGGAAUUCCCUUUCUUUCUUUCUUUCCAUUUGGAAGGGGGUUGUAAUGGAAUUCAAUACGCCCUCCCUCUGAGGCGUACAAUUUGGAAUUUCCAUUUCUUUCUAUACAUCACCCUCUCCUUCUUUUCUCUCUCUCUUUUUCUUUCUUGAUGCGACUACAACCAUUCUCUGCAACUUUGUGAAGGGGAAAAACAAAAACAAAAAUAACCCAUUUCUCACACACUCUGUUUCUCUCUCUCUCUCUCUCUACCUUGAGCUUAUAUCAUUCUCAUGCUCCAUUCUUCUCUCCAUAUUGAGCAAGCAGGAGAAACCAUGGAGGACGUGGGCUGUUUAUGGAGAUUUCAGGAGAACGUGGAGGAUCUGAAGCAGAAACUACUACAGACGACUAUUGAACUUGAGUCACUAAAAAUGGAAGCAAAUGAAGAAAGUAUAAAGAACAAAGAGAAAGUGAAGAGCUUACUUCUUCUCCUGCAGGCAGCAUAUGAAGAACGAGACGAAGCAAGAGAUCAGCUGCAGAAACUGAUGAACAAGUUUAUGCCCACUGCUGCAACUGAAUUACCAGCUCUGCUUCAUUUCCACCCUGAAAGCCCUCUCAACAUACCCACCAAAGCAAAUUCCAGCAUCACAGAAUCAAACAGUCUCUAUGAGACUUAUAAUCACCACUCAUAUGGUUCUUCACCGGCCGAUUCGUUCUUUGAUGGAGUUUCAUCGCCAGAUUUCUCCACUCCAAACAUGGCUGAUUCAAGCAAAAUAAGUUUUCUAGCUCAGCCCUUGGUCACAGAGUACAAUGCUGCCCAUCAGCCGCCUCUGGACACUCCCAAAACAGAAAAGGCUGAUCUGUUCUCUACUGUGAUGGAUAAUCUCGUCAAGGGAAGAACAUUGCCUCAGAAAGGCAAUCUCCUGCAAGCUGUUACAGAAGCAGGUCCUUUACUUCAGACACUUCUCGUCGCCGGGCCGCUUCCCCAAUGGUGUAAUCCGCCUCCAUUGCAAGCCUUCAAGAUUCCCCCUCUUCUUGUCAAUGGCUGCAUAAACCCCCAUUCAAAACCCAGCAGCCCUUCCCCAAAGCCACUGCAUUCCCUUCUACACCCUGAAAUGUCUCGUGGGUCUUCUCAAAUUUGUUCAUCUUCUGGUUCUUGCUUCAACAGUGCCUGGCUGAUGGCUCCAAAUGGUAACGCUCAGAUUCUAGCAGCCAAGAGACAGAAAAUUCAAUGAGAACACCAUUGUACAAAUCAAGAUCUGGAGUUGGCAGUGUAAAAAAUGACUUGGUAGUUUUAAUCACGGGAUUUGAAGCUUUAUUUACAUCAAAAUUAACUUCAUCAUCGACCCUUUCAUGCUAAUCAAUCUAUUUCCACAGCA